AUGGCCGCCGAUCUAACGUUUCCUCCGAUGAAGAACGACCUCCUGCUGCGAGCUGCAAGAGGCGAAGAAACAGAGCGCGCCCCGGUAUGGGUCAUGAGACAGGCGGGGAGAUACCUUCCUGAGUUCCAUAAGGUCCGCGCGCAUCACAGUUUCUUCGAGAUAUGCCGCACACCCGAGUUGGCUAUGGAGCUCACUCUCCAACCGAUCCGCCGCUACUCAGGCCUAAUAGAUGCUGCCAUUAUCUUUAGCGAUAUUCUCGUCGUCCCGCAAGCAUUAGGCAUGGAGGUGGAGAUGAACCCCGGUCCACACUUUCCCGAUCCGCUGAACACACCUGAGGACCUUUCCAAGCUCCGCGCUGACGUCGACGUGAAUAAAGAGCUCGGAUAUGUCUUCGACGCGAUCACCAUAACGAGGAAGGCCCUCGACGGAGAGGUACCCUUGAUCGGCUUCUGUGGUGCGCCCUGGACGCUGUUCUCGUACAUGGUGGAAGGAGGCAGCAGCAAGACGUUCACGAAGUGCAAGUCGUGGCUCUUCAGGUACCCAGAGGAAUCUAAGGCGCUUCUUCUGCGCAUAGCGGAUGUCUGCGUAGACUUCCUAGUGGGACAGGUCAAGGCCGGAGCACAGCUGCUCCAAAUAUUUGACUCCUGGGCUGGCGAGCUCGCGCCGCACCACUUCCAAGAGUUUUCUCUCCCCUCCCUUCAGCGCAUAUCGUUAGGUGUUCGCAGGAAGCUUGCAGCAGAGAAGAUUCCCCUCGUACCCAUGACGGUAUUUCCGAAAGGCGCAAACUCGGAGCUUGCCUCGCUCGCACACGAAGGAGGCUACGACGUCAUCGGCCUCGACUGGUGCAUCGAGCCUUCGGAGGCGCGGCGGCUCGUGGGAGACAAGGUCGCUGUGCAGGGCAAUCUUGACCCGAACGUGCUGUAUGGUGGCCGAGAGUCUAUCGAAAGAGAGGUCAAGCGAAUGUGUGCGAGUUUUAAGGGUGGGAAAGGCACAAAGGCCUGGAUAGCCAACCUGGGACACGGUAUCACACCUGGCGUAGAUCCUGAUGACCUGAAGUGGUUCUUCGAGUGCGUACACAAGUACUCGUCCAAUGCUUAA